AGCUGCACAGCCGGCAGUGCGGAGGCAGAGCAGGGGUUGGUGAUACGGUGCUAUAAAUCCCGGGUCCAGUCCACCUCCCUCUUCAGGCGUCCUCCCCCGCGAUCGCUGUUCUCAGUUAGAGAUGCAGCAGCUCACUCCUGUAGCGACCUACUAAAAAAGCAGCCAGGAGAAAGGCAUCGUCUUUUUUGAGGAAAAAAAAACCCAAAACGUUCUGUCGUCUCUUUUCUUUGUUCCUUCGUUUGUUUUUCUUGCCCCCCCUUUUUUUUGUUUAGUUGAGCGGCAAUAGGAGGCUAGCCUCUCCGUCUUUUUAAACUCUCUUUUUAAGUUUCCCCUCCCCUUUCAUACAUUUUUCUUUUUUUCUUUCUUUCUUCUUCGCCAUUUCUUUUAGCAUUGGACUUUGGGGGUCGAAAGCAUUUCUUUUGAUUUGCUUCUUUUAAGCCGAGCACAGUUUAGGUCUCGUGCUGUCUUAAGAGAACUACCCAGCAGCUUCUUGCUCAUCCUUAUUGGGAGAACUGCACCGUUACUUAAAAAAACACACACACACAAAAACCUUAAGGGAGAAAGACGGCAACUCCAAACUAACAUGGCAGUCAGACUGUGUGAUGUGGCUUCUCUGCUUAGAAGUGGUUCGUGGGCAGCAGAGCCUUGGACUGGGCAGGUAAUUGCUGCCAUGGAAACACAACUGUCUAAUGGGCCAACUUGCAAUAACACAGCCAAUGGUCCAACCACCAUAAACAACAACUGUUCCUCACCAGUGGACUCUGGGAACACGGAGGACAGCAAGACCAACCUAAUAGUCAACUACCUUCCUCAGAACAUGACACAGGAGGAGCUCAAGAGUCUUUUUGGAAGCAUCGGAGAGAUAGAGUCUUGUAAGCUUGUAAGAGACAAAAUAACAGGACAGAGCUUGGGAUAUGGCUUUGUGAACUACAUUGACCCCAAGGAUGCAGAGAAAGCAAUCAACACCCUGAAUGGAUUGAGACUUCAAACCAAAACAAUAAAAGUUUCCUAUGCUCGCCCAAGUUCAGCUUCUAUCAGAGAUGCAAAUUUGUACGUCAGUGGACUCCCGAAGACGAUGACUCAGAAGGAGUUGGAACAGCUUUUUUCACAAUACGGACGCAUUAUUACUUCUCGCAUCCUAGUUGACCAGGUCACUGGCAUAUCAAGGGGUGUAGGGUUUAUUCGAUUUGACAAGCGGAUUGAGGCAGAAGAAGCUAUCAAAGGCCUAAACGGCCAGAAACCGCCUGGUGCCACAGAGCCAAUCACUGUAAAGUUUGCUAAUAAUCCAAGCCAAAAAACCAAUCAGGCCAUCCUUUCCCAGCUGUACCAGUCUCCAAACAGAAGGUACCCGGGACCAUUAGCUCAGCAGGCACAGCGUUUUAGGUUGGACAAUCUGCUCAAUAUGGCUUAUGGAGUGAAGAGUAGGUUUUCUCCAAUGACCAUUGACGGAAUGACCAGUCUGGCUGGAAUUAAUAUCCCUGGGCACCCAGGAACAGGGUGGUGUAUUUUUGUGUACAACCUGGCUCCUGACGCAGACGAGAGUAUCCUGUGGCAAAUGUUUGGGCCUUUCGGAGCUGUCACCAACGUGAAGGUCAUCCGUGACUUUAACACCAACAAAUGCAAAGGUUUUGGAUUUGUGACUAUGACAAACUAUGACGAGGCCGCCAUGGCCAUAGCGAGCCUCAAUGGAUACCGUCUGGGGGACAGAGUACUGCAGGUCUCCUUUAAGACCAACAAAACGCACAAAGCCUAACGCGCUCUUGUCCUCAGUCUAUUUCUAUAUGAAAACUACCCAACAAAGGCAAGUUAAGAGAAACUUUCUACAUUAGUAAAUGUCUUUGUAAGUCAGUGUUGAGAUGGGGAUAAAAAACGACUACUUAGCAUCCUAAGAAAUAUGUGAGAUUUUUUAUUGCUAGUAUUUGAAUUAAAACUUCUUAAAUAUCUUUUAUGUUUGAAUAUGGACAAGAGGUACAGGGUUUUUACCUGUCACAUUGCAUUCUAUUGCCUUCUUUGAAGAAGGUGGACCUUUUAAAGUGUUUCAGCUAAGGGAUGACAUUUCUUUUCUUUUUACAUAACUGCCUUGAACCUGUGAGUAAACCUUGAGGCUUUGUGUUGUAAUUCCUCAGUUGGUUGUGUCUUUUUCUCCUCCCCCCCCCUUUUUUUUCUUUUUCUGAUUAGCUUUGUGUUUUGUUUACAUUUGAAGCAUCGCUGUUACGUCUAAGAAAAAGUAUUUUGAAGUUUACAUUUUUAUUUAUGAAGUUACAAACAGUAUUUAUUUUAUAGUUAUGAUUUGGGUUGGGGCAGGGGGGGGCUACAUUAUAAACGCUUAUUGUAAGAAUACUGGAGAACUUUUCGUAAAGCAGUACCUUGCCAAAGAGAUAAGAGCCUCUUUGAUGUGGGUUUAAAAAAAGCAUCUAUUUUUAUAAAAAAGAAAAUUUGGAGAAACUUUUUACUGGUCCUGGAACAAAUAUUUUGACUUGAAUACUUUGAGAAAUCUCUUCAUAUGACACCUAGUGAGCUUUUAAAAUUUACCAGGAAAUUUGCAGUGGUUGGAAAAUUUAGAAAGAUUUAUGAUGUAGAAAAAAAUACUUUUGAGAUCUUUGUAUGAAAGGAGUAGACUCGAUGGGGGGAAACAAAGGCUGCUGGUUUCGUUUUUGUAAUCACCAGUGGAGUGUCUGGUCAUCCUGGUUAUUAUGUGAUAGGUGGCUCACAUUGAUUUGUGAUUUUGAAACAAAUAAAAAAAAAUUUACAAAAGAAUAUAUAAGAGCAGGCAAGAAAUUUAAAUUACCAAGAGAUGGGGGAAAAAAAAUCUGUUCUUCCUAAAGAAAUCCCUUCAGAUAGAGCUCAUGGUGUUUAGUGAUGUACUUGCAGUAUUGUUUGAAGAAUUGUUUUGUCUUAAGGAAAAGAGAUGUUGCACAUGAUUUGUACUGCAGCAAGUCGGCAAAAGUGAUCUGAGUUGGAUAUAUUUGAAGGUAUUUUGAAAGUUCUGUUCAAGGCUAACACCUGAGCUUUGUGUAAUGUAAAUAAGACCUUGUGUUUAUGACCCUUUCAGCUAAUUUGAUUUUCUUUUCCCCCUUACAUGCCAAGUGAUGUUCAGGUUUUGAAUGUUUUUGUAUCCGUUUUUUCCGUUGUAAAUGGCAUUAACAUUGUUACUUGAGGUCUUGCUUAAUCACUUUUGUUGUCCUGAGGACUUGAAUUUACAGUGCAUCAGAUUUGUUGCUAAUUUCGUCUGUAGAUAGUCUAGCUUCAGCUGUUUAUGGUGAUGCUACCUUUUUGUUUAUAAAUAUGUUUGUGGUAAAAAGAAAAUGAGUAUAACCAUAGGUUUUGAACAAAUUUCCUUACAUUUUUCAUACAAAAAAAUCAUAAAUAUCUGUAUGCUAUUGAAAUUUAACUUUGUAUGAUGCUUAAACCACUAUUUGGGGAAAUAAUAAAAUAAGUCUUUACCAUGUAUGAAAGAAAUUUUAACAAAUACAAAAUAUUUUCUGAUUAGCAUCUAGCGUAUAAUAAAUUUUCAAAAAAGCUGAAGGCAAAGACGCCUUCAUCAGGAUGCACUGAGAACUAUAUAGUUACGUCCUGCUUUUUGUAUAAACUGAGAUGCUCACAUGCUUCCCCUUAGAACAGGCAAUGUGCUAUGCAUAACAUAGUUGUACAUUAUCUUUGCGGUUGCGUUGAGUUUUAUUUUUUAUUAUUUAAAAUUGUAGUUAUAAAAAUUUUCAGUAUA